AUGACGCGCGGUUCUAGCGUUCUAAGUUUAGCAUCUGCGUCUCUUGCCUUGCAACCGUGCUCGCCUACUUACUCUUUAUCGAUUCUGAACUCGCAGGACGUGCCCUUGCUAGCCGCACAGCAGGAGCACAAGCAUCACAAGCUUCCCGGACAUUCUCACGAUGAUGCCCCCCACGCUUAUGCCGGUCGUUACAGCACCGAGCCAAUUCCAAAGUUCAAGCUGCCGUCCAAGGGUAUCAACGACGAGAGCGCAUACCGUUUGCUCCAUGAUGAGCUCAAACUCGACGGCGAGCCUUUGCUCAAUGCUGCCUCUUUCGUGCACACAUGGGUUCCAGAGCACGCCGAACGACUCGCUGCUGAGAAUCUUACCAAGAACCUUAUCGACGAGGACGAGUACCCUUCGACUGUUGCGAUUCAUCAUCGCUGCAUCUCUAUGAUUGGCCACCUCUGGAAAGCACCGCACGGGGAGAACCCAGUGGGGACUGCCACUACCGGCUCGUCAGAGGCUAUCAUGCUCGGUGGUCUGGCUGCUAAAUUCAGAUGGGAAGCCAAGCGCAAGGCUGAAGGCAAAGACUGGCACAAUCCCAACGUCAUCAUGGGCAGCAACGCCCAGGUUUGUCUUGAGAAGUUUGCCCGUUACUUCUCGGUCGAAGCUCGUCUUGUACCAAUUUCGAAAGAAAAGCCGUUCCUUGACCCGCAAAAAGUGCUCGAGUAUGUCGACGAGAAUACCAUCCUGGUCUUCUGUAUCCUUGGCAGUACCUACACCGGUCACUACGAGAAUGUCGAAGAGCUAUCGCACGUCCUCGACGAGCAUCAGAAGAAGACGGGCAUUGACGUGCCCAUCCAUGUUGACGGCGCAUCUGGCGGCUUCGUUGCACCUUUCGCUACGCCAAAGCUGAAAUGGUCCUUUGAAAUUCCUCGCGUUGUCAGCAUCAAUAGCAGCGGUCACAAGUAUGGCAGAGCUCCCGUUGGUGUCGGCUGGAUCCUCUUCAGAAACGAAAAGUUCUUGGCGAAAGAGCUCGUUUUCGAGGUCGCUUACUUGGGCAGCAAAGAGCCCACCUUCUCUCUCAAUUUCUCACGACCAGCUGCGCCUAUUAUCAUCCAGAUGUUCCUCUUCCUCUCGCUCGGAUUCGAUGGGUAUCGCACGUCUGCACUGAACGAUCUCGCUAACGCUCGUCUGCUGUCUCGCGCUCUGGAGGCCUCGGGCUACUUCAAGCUCAUCUCUGAUAUCCAUCGGCCGGCGACUACUGUCAGCGGCGCUGUCGCCGAAGUCAGCAAGGCAGUUGGCGCAAGACCUACAGAUGAUGUCGAAUACUACGUCCCGGGCCUGCCCGUCGUCGCCUUUGCGUUCUCCGACUCCUUCAGAAAGAACAACCCAGACGUUGACCAGGCCUGGGUACAGCACCUGAUGAGACAGACUGGCUGGGUCAUUCCCAACUAUAACAUGUCGGAGGGUUGGGCGGAGCAGGAGGUGCUGCGCUUCGUCGUUCGCUCAGAAAUCCCAGAAGACUACAUCGACAAUGUCCUCACGAAAUUGAUCGAGGUGGUCGAAUCUUUGCAAGAUCCGAAGCAUCCUAAUCACGCGCUCGCUCAGCACGACGCGCACAAGCACCAAGCAGACAAGACCAAAGCUGAUGCUAAAACGAAGCACACAGAAAAGUCAGCCACGAAGCCAGACAUGGAGUCAACGCAGCCUCAAGGUUACGCUCGCCCUUGCUAAACGGCUAAGGUAUCCGUACACGAAGAAGAACACAGAGACAAAAGCCAUCAGGCACUGCACGCAACAGAGCGACAUAAGACACGAUUUGUCCGAUGCAGAGGAUUGCAUUGUAUUGCUCUACCGAUCAUAUUCGAGCGUCGCAUUGAGAGUCUAGCCAGCCUAGUAAACCCUCGUGGCUUUCGAAUGGUUGGCCGUCGCUUGAAUGACAUCGCACACCUAUAGCGAGGCUGUAUGCGAUGCGGAAUGUUCUGCACACAACGUCAGCGCGAUCGGUCCAUGUACGUGCCAUGUGUACCGUUGCCCGCCGCUCUCGGUAGCCGUACGAAUUUCUCGACUGCUUGUCGAUUUGAAAGGUAUCCCCUUGGCUUUCAG